AUGGCGGCAUCGCUGAUCUCAAACGUCGACGGAAGCCUCGACGCGUCGUUGAUAGAGUCGUCUCGCAAAAAGCGGAGGAAAAUCGGAGCCGUCGAAUCGGAUCAGAAUCCUACUACGAAUACCGGAGCCCGAUGGAGAUCCGAGACGGAACAACGGAUCUACUCCACGAAGCUCGUGGAGGCGCUCCGUCAGGCUCGCCAGAGAUCGUCGCGGGCGGCGAAGGUCUCCGGAGGCGGCAGGGAACUGAAGGAGGCGGCGGACCAAGUUCUGGCGGCGGCGGCCAAGGGCACGACUCGGUGGAGCAGAGCGAUUUUAAGAACUCGACUCAGAUUGAACCAGAAGCUUCACAAACGUAGAACGGCGAGGGUGACCGGGAAUAAUCGGUUGAAGAAAGCGGAGGUUAGGAGAGAGGGGAGGAAGUUACCGGUUGUGGAGAGAAAAGUUCGGGUUCUGAGCCGGUUAGUUCCCGGUUGCCGGAAGGCGUCGUUGCCAAACCUUCUAGAAGAAACGAGUGAUUACAUAUCGGCUCUGGAGAUGCAGGUGAGAGCCAUGGCUGCUCUCACCGAGCUUCUCUCCGGUUCGCCGGUUAAUCACGUCGGCUCCAGCCUCAGUUCUUCGAGUUGA